CCCCCACAAUGCAGUUCGCGGCGCGGCGGACAUGGCGGUGGAGCCCUGAGCUCGUCGUGUCCCGGCCUCCAGCGGCGGCGGCGGCGGCGACGGCUGCAGCGGCGGCACCCGCAGCGGGAGGCGGAGGGGGAGCGGGAGUCCUUGCGAUGCGGAGGCGCCGCGCGCGCCUGUAGCUCGCAGAUUGGUUGCUUGCCUAAACUGGACUUGAAGCAAUUCAAACUACUGGAGAUCUGCUAUUUUACAAUAUCACAAUUGGAAAGAAGCAGCUUUUCAAAUAAUGGAAGAGUCUAAGACCUCUAAAAAUGAAAAUCAUGAACCAAAGAAGAAUGCUUGGGCUCUUUCUGAAGAAAGCAAAACAGUUAAAGUUAUAACUAAUCAAACUUUGAAAGCCAGAAAUGAUAAAUCCAUAAAAGAAAUUGGGAUCAGCUCCCCAAAUAGGAAUAGUAGUAAAAAAAAUAAGCAAAAUGAUAUUUGUAUAGAAAAAACAGAAGUUAAAUCAUGUAAAGUAAAUGUUGCCAAUAUUCCAGGCCCCAAAGAUUUGGGGUUAGUCCUUCGAGAUCAAAGUCAUUGCAAAGCCAAAAAGUCACCUAAUUCACCUGUGAGAACUGAAAAGGUACCUGUUUCACAGGCAAAAGUAGAAAAAGCAUCCAGUUUACAGGCAAAAACAGAAAAAUUGACAAAGUCACCUAAUUCACCAGUGAAAACAGAAAAGGCACCCAGUUCACAGGCAGCAAUAGCAGAAAAGGCACUUAGUUCACAGAAGAAAGAAAAAGCACCUAGUUCUCAGAUGAAAUCAGAAAAAGUUCCCAGCUCACCAGCAGAAGCAGAGAAGGUGCCCAGCUCACUGUUGAAAGAAAACAUAAGGCAGACAGAAUUACAGCAAAUUGGAAAAAAAAAUCCAAGCUCUUGUACUUCUCUUGACAAGGUGAAUAUUGAUGUAGAGGGAGAAAAAUCUGCUCCAGAAAACUCACCACGAUCUCAGAAGCAGCAAACAUCUACAGAUAAUACUGGUGAUUCUGAUGAUAGUGCAUCAGGAAUUGAAGACAUAUCGGAUGAUUUGAGUAAAAUGAAGAAUGAUGAAUCUAAUAAAGAAACUUCUUCAGAGAUGGACUAUUUAGAAAAUGCCACUGUUAUAGAUGAGUCUACAUUGACACCUGAGCAGAGGCUAGGCUUGAAACAAGCAGAAGAACGCUUAGAAAGAGAUCACAUCUUUCGACUUGAAAAACGCUCACCAGAAUAUACCAAUUGCCGGUAUCUAUGCAAACUUUGCUUAAUUCACAUUGAAAAUAUCCAGGGAGCUCAUAAACAUAUAAAAGAGAAACGACAUAAGAAAAACAUUUUGGAAAAACAGGAAGAAAGUGAGCUUCGUUCUCUGCCACCUCCUUCUCCUGCCCACUUGGCCGCUUUAAGUGUUGCAGUUACUGAAUUAGCAAAAGAACAAGGAAUAACAGAUGAUGACCUCAGAGUUCGUCAGGAGGUUGUGGAGGAAAUGUCAAAGGUUAUAACAACAUUUUUACCAGAGUGUUCACUUAGGUUGUAUGGCUCAUCUCUGACUAAGUUUGCUCUGAAAAGUAGUGAUGUUAAUAUAGAUAUAAAAUUUCCUCCCAAGAUGAACCAUCCAGAUCUUCUGAUACAAGUGCUUGGGAUUUUAAAAAAAAGUGUAUUAUAUGUAGAUGUGGAAUCUGAUUUUCAUGCUAAAGUUCCUGUUGUGGUGUGCAAAGAUCGGAAAAGUGGCUUACUUUGUAGAGUGAGUGCAGGAAAUGAUAUGGCAUGCCUCACUACUGAUUUACUUGCUGCUAUUGGCAAAAUGGAACCUGUCUUUAUUCCCUUGGCGUUAGCCUUUCGUUAUUGGGCUAAGUUGUGCUAUAUUGAUUCUCAAACUGAUGGCGGAAUUCCUUCUUACUGUUUUGCUUUAAUGGUGAUGUUUUUUCUACAACAAAGAAAACCCCCUCUUCUUCCUUGUUUACUUGGAAGUUGGAUUGAAGGCUUUGACUCAAAAAGAAUGGAUGACUUUCAGCUGAAGGGCAUAAUAGAAGAGAAGUUUGUGAAGUGGGAACAUAAUUCAAGUAGUGCAACUGAGAAAAACUCAAUUGCUGAGGAAAACAAAGCUAAGGCAGACCAACUAAAAGUUGAUACCAAGAGGACAGAAAAAGACAACCAAAGUAAUGCCUUAAAGGGAAAACAUGGCAAAUCUGCUUUAACAUUGGAAACACCAAAUCAGGUAUCCCUGGGACAAUUAUGGUUAGAGCUGCUAAAAUUUUACACACUGGAUUUUGCUUUGGAGGAAUAUGUCAUAUGUGUACGGAUAAAAGAUAUUUUAACAAGAGAAAACAAAAACUGGCCUAAGAGGCGAAUAGCCAUUGAAGAUCCAUUUUCAGUCAAGAGGAACGUUGCACGGAGCUUAAACAGCCAGCUUGUUUAUGAAUAUGUUGUGGAGAGAUUCAGGGCAGCUUAUCGGUAUUUUGCCUGUCCUCAGAGGAAGGAUGCAGAUAAAUCUACAGUGGAUUCCAUGAAAAAAGAAAAAGGGAAAAUAAGCAAUAAGAAACCAGUGAAGACUGACAAUAAGACAUCUAAUUGUUGCAUUCAACUUGGGAAAAGCACAGAAAAAAUAAAUGCAGAAAGAGGUCAGCCUGGUAAAUAUGAUGAAAUGAAAUGUACAUCACGGAGAUGUAUUACUGAAGAUGACAAUUUGUUGGUAACUGAACUAGUUUUGGCUGAACAUGGCCAGGAAUCUUCAUCUCUUUCUACCAGUGAAGGCAGAGAAGUAGAGCCAAAAUCAAUUAAGAAACAAGAUGAUUUAGUUCCUUCAGAAACUUGUUUAAAAAAGGAUCUCAGCCAAUGUUAUUGCAUUGAUUGUAAAUCCUCUGACCUAAAUGAGUCUGUUGGUACAGACUGCAGGUCAAAUUUAGAAUCAGAGAGUUCACAUCAGAGUAUGUGUACCGACACAUCUGCUACCUCUUGCAACUGCAAAGCUACAGAAGAUGCUUCUGACCUUGAUGAUGAUAACCACCCCACCCAGGAGUUACAUUAUGUGUUUGAUAAGUUUAUUUUAACCUCUGGCAAGCCACCAACGAUAGUAUGCAGCAUCUGCAAAAAGGAUGGCCAUUCAAAAAAUGAUUGCCCGGAGGAUUUCAGGAAAAUUGACCUAAAGCCUCUGCCACCAAUGACAAAUCGAUUUCGGGAAAUACUUGAUUUAGUAUGUAAAAGAUGUUUUGAUGAAUUGUCACCACCUUUCUCUGAACAACACAAUAGGGAACAAAUUUUAAUGGGCUUGGAAAAGUUUAUUCAAAAAGAAUAUGAUGAAAAGGCAAGAUUGUGCUUAUUUGGCUCUUCUAAGAAUGGAUUUGGAUUUCGUGAUAGUGAUCUGGAUAUUUGUAUGACCCUAGAAGGCCACGAAAAUGCAGAGAAAUUAAAUUGUAAGGAAAUAAUAGAAAAUUUGGCAAAAAUUCUUAAGAGACAUCCAGGUUUAAGAAAUAUUUUGCCUAUAACUACUGCCAAAGUGCCUAUAGUAAAAUUCGAACACAGACGAAGUGGUUUAGAAGGUGAUAUCAGUUUGUAUAAUACAUUGGCUCAACAUAACACAAGAAUGCUAGCUACUUAUGCAGCUAUUGAUCCUAGAGUGCAGUACUUGGGAUAUACUAUGAAAGUGUUUGCUAAGCGAUGUGAUAUUGGAGAUGCUUCCAGGGGAAGUUUGUCUUCAUAUGCUUAUAUCCUUAUGGUGCUGUACUUCCUGCAGCAGAGAAAACCACCUGUUAUCCCAGUUCUACAAGAGAUCUUUGAUGGAAAACAGAUUCCACAGAGAAUGGUUGAUGGAUGGAAUGCUUUUUUCUUUGAUAAAACAGAAGAACUGAAAAAACGUUUACCUUCACUUGGAAAGAAUACAGAGACAUUAGGAGAGCUUUGGUUGGGAUUGCUUCGCUUCUAUACUGAAGAGUUUGAUUUCAAGGAAUAUGUAAUUAGCAUUCGGCAGAAAAAGCUGUUAACAACUUUUGAAAAGCAGUGGACGUCCAAAUGCAUUGCAAUCGAAGAUCCUUUUGACUUGAAUCAUAAUCUUGGUGCUGGAGUUUCUAGAAAAAUGACCAAUUUCAUCAUGAAGGCAUUUAUCAAUGGAAGGAAACUUUUUGGUACUCCCUUUUAUCCACUCAUUGGCAGAGAAGCUGAACUGCCAAACUGUUUUAUAAAGCAGCUGUGCUAUUUUAUGUUUCCACCAUCAAUAUAUGUGUGUUCUAGUUUUUCUGCAUCCUCACCAAUACUUAUUAUUGAGUACUUCUUUGAUUCCAGAGUAUUAACAGAUGGAGAACUGGCUCCCAAUGAUCGAUGUUGCCGUGUUUGUGGAAAAAUAGGCCACUACAUGAAAGACUGUCCUAAAAGGAGAAGCAGUUUACUGUUUAGAGUAAAGAAGAAAGACAGCGAAGAAGAGAAGGAAGGGAAUGAAGAAGAGAAAGACUCUCGAGACCUUCUGGACCCUCGAGACCUCCAUGAAACUCGAGACUUCAGAGAACCACGAGACCUCAGAUGUUUCAUAUGUGGAGAUGCGGGACAUGUAAGAAGGGAGUGCCCAGAGGUCAAGCUUGCCCGUCAGAGGAAUAGCAGUGUGGCAGCAGCCCAGCUGGUUCGCAACCUUGUAAAUGCCCAACAAGUGGCUAAUUCAUCCCAGCAACAGGGUGAUCAAUCCAUAAGGACUAGACAGUCCUCAGAAUGUUCUGAUUCACCAUCUUAUUCUCCCCAGCCCCAACCAUUUCCACAGAACCCUUCCCAAUCAGCUGCCAUUACCCAGGCUUCAUCCCAGCCAGGAUCCCAACCCAAACUUGGCCCACCUCAGCAGGGAGCCCAGCCCCCCCAUCAGGUCCAGAUGCCUAUGUAUAACUUUCCCCAGUCACCACCAGCUCAGUAUUCUCCCAUGCACAAUAUGGGAUUGUUGCCAAUGCAUCCCCUCCAGAUCCCUGCCCCAUCCUGGCCUAUCCAUGGCCCAGUGAUCCACUCUGCACCAGGCAGUGCCCCCAGCAAUAUUGGCCUGAACGAUCCCAGCAUCAUCUUUGCACAGCCUGCUGCCAGACCUGUGGCAAUCCCUAACUCCUCUCAUGAUGGACACUGGCCUCGUACUGUGGCUCCAAAUUCCCUGGUGAACAAUGGUGCAGUGGGGAAUUCGGAACCAGGCUUUCCAGGACUAAAUCCUCCAAUUCCUUGGGAACAUGCACCACGCCCCCAUUUUCCUCUUGUCCCAGCUUCGUGGCCUUAUGGUUUGCAUCAAAACUUCAUGCAUCAGGGAAAUGCCAGAUUUCAGCCCAACAAACCUUUCUAUACCCAAGACAGAUGUGCCACCCGUCGGUGUAGAGAGCGUUGUCCCCACCCACCAAGAGGAAACGUGUCGGAGUAAUGCGAGUCCGUUUUCUUUCAGCUGGUCUACCGAUGCACAGCAACCAGCCAGUCCUGCUGUCUCAAGGGUAUCCGUACCUCAGUGUCAGUUACAUUCAGCAGAAAAAGUGACAUUUAAUGGAAAGCAAAACAAAUCAGGUCCUGAUUUAAAAUUUUAACACGUUUAGAUAGCUUAUUUAAAUUCUAAGACUGUUUUUAAGAACUGUAUUAUUUGUAUAUAAAUAUGAACUAUAGUUUUUACUAGUAUCACCAAAUUGAGUGAUACAAAUUUCAUCUAUUUUAUUACCCUAUUUUUAAGGGAAUUUUAUGUUUUGUUUAACCUUGAUGAAUUGUAUAAAGAGAGAAUUUAAAAAAUUACAUUCUUUAUUUUCUAUUAGCUGUAUUCAUACUUUGGUUGCUUCAGACUUUAUAUAUAUUGUUCUUAAGAAUUAGAAAGACUUUCAUGUGUUUUAAAUUUGUCACUUCUAUUCUUUACAGAACCUUGUAGUGCCAAAAACUUUUUAAAAGGUAAAAAAAAAUAAUAAAAUAAAACUACAACAUGAAGAUUCAGAAUUUUUUUCUUUUACAUUCUUGUACAGUAUAUUGAAAAUAUUCAGACGUGAACAGAAAGUUGCUUUUAUCUGUAUUUGAAGCAUUUCUAUUUUAAGUUAAUAAAUCUUUUUGACAAGAGUCAAA